CGCGCAUGCGCAAGUUUUGACAAGAAUCAUAUGACAUUUGGGCGAGGUGAACAUUUUGUGUCUUGUGAGUUCCCGUUCUUCGUAAAGUUAGUUUAAAAUGAAGGGGGCUAUAUUUAACAUAGACAGUGGAUAUUUGGAGGGUUUGUGCCGGGGCUUUAAAUGCGGCAUUCUGAAGCAAACAGAUUACCUAAAUUUAGUGCAAUGCGAAACUUUAGAGGAUCUUAAAUUACAUCUUCAAGGUACCGAUUAUGGUACGUUUUUGGCCAAUGAGCCCUCUCCAUUGGCCGUAUCAACAAUUGAUAACAAACUAAGAGAAAAACUCGUCAUCGAGUUCCAGCAUAUGAGGAAUCAUGCUGUUGAGCCUCUUUCAACAUUUUUGGACUUCAUUACAUACAGUUACAUGAUUGACAAUAUUAUUUUACUUAUCACUGGCACAUUACAUCAACGUCCAAUUGGUGAAUUGAUUCCAAAAUGUCACCCCCUUGGCAGCUUUGAGCAGAUGGAGGCUAUUCAUGUUGCAUCAACUCCAGCAGAAUUGUACAAUGCUGUUUUAGUAGACACUCCACUUGCUCCAUUCUUUGUUGACUGUAUCAGUGAACAAGAUUUAGAUGAGAUGAACAUUGAAAUUAUUCGUAAUACUCUUUACAAGGCCUAUUUGGAGGCUUUCUAUGAAUUCUGUAGCAACAUUGGAGGAACAACUGCCGAUGCUAUGUGCGAAAUUUUGGCUUUUGAAGCUGAUCGUCGUGCUAUUAUUAUUACUAUCAACUCUUUUGGUACCGAGUUAAGCAAAGAUGAUAGGGCUAAAUUGUACCCUCGUUGUGGAAAACUGAACCCAGAUGGUUUGGCUGCUUUAGCUCGUGCUGAAGAUUAUGAACAAGUAAAAGCUGUUGCUGAAUAUUAUGCAGAGUAUUCUAAAUUGUUUGAAGGAGCUGGAAACAAUCCUGGCGAUAAAACUUUGGAAGAUAAGUUCUUUGAACAUGAGGUACGUUUAAAUAUUAACGCUUUUAUGCAACAAUUCCACUUUGGAGUGUUCUACUCCUACUUGAAGUUAAAAGAACAGGAAUGCCGCAACAUUGUAUGGAUUGCUGAGUGUGUCGCACAAAAACACAGGGCCAAAAUAGACAACUACAUCCCAAUAUUCUAAGCACUAAAUCAUUCCAUUAUCCAUAUCCUAAAUUAUAAAUAUGUAGAUCCUCUUUUAAAUAUUCUCAGUAUUUUGUUGUAAAUGUCAAAAAAUAUUGCAAUGUUUUAUCCCAACUUGGGACCCCCAUCUUGGGACUCCCAACUUGGGACUCCCAAGUAACAAUCAUGUAAAAAUAGGUAUAGUUUAUGUAUAUUAUCUUUUACGUUAAUUACGCAAUGUGGUUUAUUGAUUAUUUUAUUUUCUGUACAGAUUUUAAGCCAUUUCGAUGUUGAAAUUGUAAAAAAGUAUAGAAUAUAGUGUUUAUUAUUGUUUUAUUGUGCUAUUAAUUAACAGAAUAAAUAUUUGUGGCACAUCUCUUCCUAUUUCAUAAAGUUAUGUUCAUAAUAAUAAUUAUUAUGAUUAUGGAGAAUAAAAGUAAAGAUUACUUUAAUAACAAAAUAGUGCCAUUGACUCAAUGCUAGUGCUAUCUGAGGAAAUAUGAAAAUUUUAAAAGGGUUG